AUGGCUUCUCCUGCCUUCCGUCAUGAUUCUAUAAAUUCCCAGACGGUUCCCGACCAUCCGUGCUCACCUUCGCCAGCGACCGACUCCGCCGCCCCACCGCUAUUAUCAGACCCAUCUCCUCCGCCGUCAACUUCCAAGGCCGUCGGAGCUUCGCUCUUGCGUGACUAUGCCUUCCACAUAGACCCUUCACAGACCGCCAACGAAGUCGGUCGGAGAGCUACGCCCCAGCAAUCUCUCAAGCCCGCUGCAAGCGCAGCAUCACCGCACCCCAUGCAAGCGCGAGAAAACCAAACGACAUCGACCUCACCCCCCACGUCGUCCACGCCCUUCCUUCCCUUCCGUGCAGCGCCCUCAAUAGGUCGGCACAGUCGGAACGCCAUCUCUUGCGAUCUAAUACCCCGGCAGACUCUCAUGAAAGCGCUCGCUUCUCGGCCCUGCUCCAAUAACCACAGCUCCAAUAUGCCGCUGGCGGCGCCCUUCAGUCUUCAAAAUUCGGCCACCAGCCCUCCGGAAGACACAGAGCGUCGUCCACACACGUCAGCAUCUUCACAGAAGCUUUCUGCUGCGCUCUCAAAUCUACAGCUCAGCUCGUAUGCUGAGCGUGCCCCCUCUACUGCGCGCCUGAUCAUGCAAUCCCCAUGUUUCUUCCAUAAACGGUUCGAUGAUGCGGUGAAUCUUCAGAAGGUGCUGGAAGAGGUCACAGAUGACGAAUGGCUAUCGCAUUCUCGUCUUCUGCAGACGGCGACUGGGGUUCGAGAGGUGUCUAAACAGCUUCAGCGCCGACCGAUCAAGCGUGCGGUCAAAAAUGUCAUGAUCGUUACAAAGGCGCGAGAUAAUAGCUUGGUUCACUUGACUCGCGAUCUUACAGAGUGGCUUCUAUCCACCCCCCGGUACGGGAGCGAUCUUGGCGUAAACGUGUAUGUGGAUGCUAAGCUACGGCACUCGAAGCGAUUUGAUGCCCAGGGUCUGAUCCAAAAGAAUCCAGCUUUUGAACAUAUGAUUCACUACUGGACACCAGACCUCUGUUGGACGUCUCCGGAGAAGUUUGACCUUGUGCUUACGCUAGGUGGAGAUGGCACUGUGCUUUUCACGUCCUGGCUUUUUCAACGCAUUGUACCACCCGUCCUCUGUUUCUCUCUAGGGAGUCUUGGAUUUCUUACGAACUUUGAGUUUGAAAACUACAAGUCUCAUUUAAACGCAGUUAUGGGGGAUGUUGGGAUGCGAGUGAACCUGCGAAUGCGAUUUACCUGCACGGUAUUCCGAAAGGACCGGAGCAAAGGAGCGGAAGCCGGCGCAGUGGAGGAAGGCGAGCAAUUCGAGGUACUCAACGAGCUAGUGAUUGACCGAGGGCCAUCGCCAUACGUGUCAAAUCUUGAACUGUACGCCGACAACGAUCUGCUCACUGUUGUGCAAGCGGAUGGCUGUAUUUUCUCCACUCCAACUGGAUCCACCGCCUACUCACUGUCCGCUGGCGGCUCUCUCAUUCAUCCCGAUAUUCCUGGAAUUCUCCUUACACCUAUUUGCCCUCACACUCUAUCUUUCCGGCCCAUGGUUCUCUCCGAUUCGCUACUUCUCCGCAUUGCCGUGCCGGCUGGGUCCCGGUCGACGGCAUACUGCUCAUUUGACGGCAAGGGCCGCGUAGAGCUCCGCCAGGGUGACUACGUCACCGUCGAGGCGAGCCAGUACCCCUUCCCAACAGUUGUAGCCAACAACGGGGAGUGGUUCCAGAGCGUCCAGCGAGCCCUACGGUGGAACACCCGUGGCGCCGUCCAAAAGAGCUGGCACAGUGGCGAUGCAUCCAUGGACCCCACCGACGUUGAAAACGAAGACGAAGAGUGGGAUAUAGACACCGAUGCCGGGUACAACGGUACCGAUAGCGGCCUCGGGCCGAGUGAAGACGGCGACACCGGAUCUAAUAGUCCGAUGAAACGCCAGAUGAGCAUGCUCGGCAUGUAG